AUGAAUUACGAAUUUGAGCGAGAGAUUGGUUUUAUCAAUAGCCAGCCGUCGCUCGCUGAGUGCCUGACAUCUUUUCCCCCUGUCGCUGAUACAUUUCAAAGUUCAUCAAUCAAGACCUCGACGCUUUCACACUCGACACUGAUUCCUCCUCCUUUUGAGCAGACCAUUCCCAGCCUGAACCCGGGCAGUCACCCUCGCCACGGCGCUGGCGGCCGCCCCAAGCCGAGCCCCGCGGGCAGCCGUGGCAGCCCGGUGCCCGCCGGCACCCUUCAGCCGCCCGAGUACCCCUGGAUGAAGGAGAAGAAGGCGGCCAAGAAAAGCGCGCUGCCGGCCGCCGCCGCCGCCGCCGCCGGCCCUGCCUGCCUCAGCCACAAAGAAUCCCUGGAAAUCGCCGAUGGCAGCGGCGGGGGAUCGCGGCGCCUGAGAACUGCUUACACCAACACGCAGCUUUUAGAGCUGGAGAAGGAAUUUCACUUCAACAAGUACCUUUGCAGACCCCGAAGGGUGGAGAUUGCGGCGCUGCUGGAUUUGACUGAGAGACAAGUGAAAGUGUGGUUUCAGAACCGGAGGAUGAAGCACAAGAGGCAGACCCAGUGCAAGGAGAACCAAAACAGCGAUGGGAAGUGUAAAAGCCUCGAGGACUCCGAGAAAGCGGAGGAGGAGGAGGAGGAGGAGAAGUCGCUCUUUGAGCAAGCCCUCGGCGUCUCCGGGGCCCUUCUGGAGAGGGAAGGUUACACUUUUCAGCAAAAUGCCCUCUCUCAGCAGCAGGCUCCCAAUGGACACAAUGGCGACUCCCAAAGUUUCCCAGUUUCGCCUUUAACCAGCAAUGAGAAAAAUCUGAAACAUUUUCAGCACCAGUCACCCACUGUUCCUAACUGCCUGUCAACAAUGGGCCAGAACUGUGGAGCUGGCCUAAACAAUGACAGUCCCGAGGCCCUCGACGUCCCUUCUUUGCAGGACUUCAACGUCUUCUCCACAGAUUCCUGCCUGCAUCUUUCAGAUGCAGUCUCGCCCAGUCUGCCAGGUUCCCUCGACAGUCCUGUAGAUAUUUCCGCUGACAGCUUUGACUUUUUUACAGACACACUAACCACAAUCGACUUGCAGCAUCUGAAUUACUAA